AUGACGGCACGCCAAUCAUCACCUACAUCCGACCACUCACAUUCGGACGGUAAUGUCCGAAAGAGGGUCUGUAAGGCAUGCGAUCGGUGUAGACUGAAGAAAUCCAAGUGUGACGGAUCCAACCCAUGUGGUCGGUGCAGGACAGAUAAUGCCAUUUGUGUCUUUGGCGAGAGGAAGAAGGCUCACGACAAAGUGUACCCCAAGGGUUAUGUCGAGAUGCUUGAACAGCAACAAACGUGGCUCGUCAAUGGUCUGCAAGAAAUGUACCGUCGCGCCUUGGAGGGCGAAGGCUGGCCGGGAGAGCCCUUGAAAUGCGAGCCCAACGGCCAUCCUCUAACACACGAUCUGCUUACGCGACUUGGCGCCUUGGACCAGACCAAGGGUGAGCGCUUCGAAGAGAACACUGAGGCUAUGCAGCAAGAUCUCUGGAGGCAAAAUUCCGGACACAUGCAACGCCAGGAGUCAUCCGACGGUAGCUCAGAAAGUGCGCAGUCGCCUAUCAUGCCCUCCCGCUUCUCAGACCCAUUUGCUCGUCAGCUCUCGAGUACGCAAUCCAGCUUUAGCACACCGUCCCAAACGCAAGGCCCCACUAUCAAAUCAGAGCCUCAAAUGGCACCGACAAAUCCCGCCUUCGUUGCGCCCAUGACCAUGCAAGGCGUCGUGAAUCCCCUCGCCCUCCAGACCCCGCAACAGUGGCCCAACAAUAACUUUGGCGCUUUCGACGAUAUGGAUCUAAUAGGCGCAUCCGAUUAUACGAAUCUGUCCUUUGACGAUCAGGUUCCCUCGCCGAUGUUCAACCGUCAAUUACCGAUGAGCUGCAUGCUUUCCUCUUCGUCGUAUAUGGACACCAAAGGCGACUAUGAAGACAUCAAUCAGUUCUUGAAUGCCAAUGCGCCCGAGAUCGCAUCGACCUGA